GGGGGGUGGUGGUCGAAGGGGAUGUCCUGUUUUCCGCCGGAGGAACAGCUCACAGGAGGAAACUUGGACUCAAAGAAGAGGCCAGAAUAAAAUCAAAUAAAUAAGGAUCCGGGGCUUUUUUUUAAAAAAGAAAAAAGAGUGACGGCUAUCCUGGAGGCGGGAGCACAGGGCAUGGAUUGAGCCGAAAGAUCCAACUAACUUGGUGGAAAGAUGUACCUGGAGGUAGCCAGGAGCUAAGCCAGAGCGACGUUUUUAAAAGUCCCUUCGAAGCCACAGGAGUGCAGUUUGAAUUUAAAGAGGAAAGACUCCUCUUCUUGGGGAGGGAAAGAGAGAAGUGAGAAAACCCCAUGGAAGACCCCCAGGAUUUAAAUGAACAAUCAGUAAAGAAGACGUGUGCAGAAUCAGAUGUUUCAGAGCCUCAGAACUCCAGGUCUAUGGAAAUGCAGGACCUAGCAAGCCCUCAUUCUCUUGUUGGAAGUAGUGAUACUCCCGGUAGCUCCAAACUGGAUAAAUCUAAUCUCAGCAACACAUCAGUUACCACAAAUGGAACAGGAGUGUCUCUUCUUGCAGUCAAAACAGAGCCUAUGAACAGCAGUGAAACAACGACGACAACUGGAGAUGGAGCGCUUGACACUUUUACUGGGUCAGUUAUAACAAGUAGCGGCUACAGUCCAAGAUCUGCACAUCAGUAUUCCCCACAGUUAUAUCCCUCUAAGCCCUACCCACACAUUCUUUCUACACCAGCAGCUCAAACAAUGUCUGCCUAUGCGGGUCAGACUCAGUAUUCAGGAAUGCAGCAACCAGCAGUCUAUACAGCUUACUCCCAGACAGGACAGCCUUACAGCUUACCAACUUACGAUUUAGGAGUCAUGUUACCAGGCAUCAAGACAGAAAGUGGACUUUCCCAAACGCAAUCAUCCCUCCAGAGUGGAUGCCUCAGUUACAGCCCUGGAUUUUCCACACCCCAGCCAGGCCAAACACCUUAUUCUUACCAAAUGCCAGGCUCCAGUUUUGCACCAUCGUCUACUAUUUAUGCAAACAAUUCAGUCUCCAGUUCAACAAACUUCACUAGCACACAACAGGAAUAUCCAUCCUACACUGCCUUUGGCCAAAACCAGUAUGCGCAGUAUUAUUCAGCAUCAACCUAUGGAGCAUACAUGACUUCAAACAACACAGCGGAUGGCACAUCUUCAUCAUCAUCUACUUAUCAGUUACAAGAAUCUCUCCCUGGGCUGACCAGUCAACCAGGUACAGAUCUCCAUCCAGGAGAGUUUGAUACAGUACAGAGCCCUUCCACCCCAAUCAAAGACCUUGAUGAGAGAACAUGUAGGAAUUCUGGCUCAAAAAGUCGAGGACGAGGACGGAAGAAUAAUCCAUCACCCCCACCAGACAGUGACUUGGAGCGUGUUUUUGUCUGGGAUUUGGAUGAAACCAUCAUCGUUUUCCACUCACUGCUUACAGGGUCCUAUGCACAGAAGUAUGGCAAGGAUCCACCAAUGGCAGUAACCCUUGGGCUUCGGAUGGAGGAAAUGAUUUUUAAUCUUGCCGACACACAUUUAUUUUUUAAUGAUUUAGAGGAAUGUGAUCAGGUUCAUAUAGAUGAUGUGUCUUCUGAUGAUAACGGGCAGGAUUUAAGUACCUACAGUUUUGCAACUGAUGGCUUCCAUGCAGCUGCAAGUAGUGCAAACCUUUGUUUGCCAACAGGUGUAAGAGGAGGAGUAGACUGGAUGAGGAAGCUGGCUUUCCGAUACCGACGAGUAAAAGAAUUAUAUAACACCUACAAGAACAACGUGGGAGGUCUCCUUGGUCCUGUAAAAAGAGAUGCUUGGUUGCAAUUAAGAGCAGAGAUUGAAGCUCUAACAGAUUCCUGGCUGACAAAUGCACAUAAAUCUUUAUCUAUUAUUAGUACAAGGAGUAACUGCGUAAAUGUCUUGGUAACGACAACCCAACUUAUCCCAGCCCUGGCAAAGGUCCUGCUAUAUGGUUUAGGUGGUGUUUUUCCUAUUGAAAACAUUUACAGUGCAACUAAAAUAGGCAAAGAAAGCUGUUUUGAGCGUAUAGUGUCCAGAUUUGGCACUAACAUAACUUAUGUUGUGGUUGGAGAUGGCCGAGAUGAGGAACAUGCAGCUAAUCAGCACAACAUGCCCUUUUGGAGAAUAUCAAGUCAUUCAGACCUCUUGGCUCUACAUCAAGCACUGGAACUAGAGUAUUUGUAACUGUGUUCUAUGGUUGGAGAUCCUUUUUUAUAUCUCAACUACACUGAAUUUUUAUGUGUGAUUCGAUGCCUCUGACUUUACACAUAUGAAUUGUCUUAAAAAAAGGAUGAAAUCAUUUGGAAUCGAAAUUCCAGGAUGAAGAAUUCAGAUUGCUGAAUGGAGUUAAAACUUUAGUUCUACAUAAAGGAAUCUCUGUGGUCUUAUAGAUGCAACACUUUAAUGAAUUAAAAAAACUAUGGAGGUUGCUGAAACACACCGAACAAGCCCCCCACUGGAGUUAACAGCUUUAGCAAGGAACUUGUAUAACUGGCAAAGCACCAACAUGCAUUUUCCGUCUGACAAGGUGGUGUCCAACAACAUUCCUCAAUAUGGGAUAUAUUCUCAGCACUGAGGUUUGAAUCAGACUUUAGCCUACCUAACCCAGAAAAUCUGAAUUGGAAUGCACUCAGACUGUAUGAUGACAAUCCUGUCUAGACCUGUAAUUUGUGUAAAUUAUUGAUGGAAAUAAUUUACUGUGACUUUAUUAGCAGCUAACUUUGGAAGUGGAUGCAAUUUUUUCUUUCUUUUGAAGGGUGGGGAGUGGGAGGGUGAGAUGGGAAUAUAAUAUUGUCUCUUUUUUAAGUUUGGAAAACAGAAUGUGCGUACUGAUGUGUUGUGCCUUAAAGACAAGACAGUGUUUGUGUGUUACAAUGUAACUUUGGUUAAAAUCUCUGUAGAUAAAGGAAAGGAAAAAAAACUUUCUGUGAUCAUUUUUGACAUGACCAAAAUUCAAAUUCAAUGCCCAAGACUGCAUCAAAAGCACUUAAGAAUUUGUUGCAGUAAGAAAAAAAUAAAGGAAAAUUUGAAUUUUUUAUUUGGAUUUUGAAUAAUUCCACUGUUUGUGGCAAGCUGUUGGUGUAUCAAAACACAAGCAUAGGAUAUUGGGAGAUUGAAAUUAUUUGGGGGACCUCUACUUUGAAAGUUAUAUCAAUGUUCAACAUCUUCAUUUCCCUUUCUUUUAUUGUCACAUGAAAAAAACUAAGAGCCAUGUCCAUGAUGACUUACGCUAUUUUUGAGAUGGAUUUAUUUUUUUGUGUGCUAAGUAUCAUGGAGGGUAUCACAGCUCAUAAAAUUAUGCAAAAUUGCAUGAUGGCAUAAAUUGGCAGGUUACGAUCACCUGAUUCUACUGAACAGACCAAAACUUAAAAGCAAUUAAAACCAAGGCAGUUUAAUUUUCCACCUAAAAUGGCAUUUCAAAAAUGAAAAAUCUUAAACAGUUUCUAAGUCAGCGGAACCAAUUAAGUAAAUGUUCCUUAGGUAACGCAAAACAGUAGAUGAGCAUACAGGAAGAUUGUUUAAUCUAAAAUGAGACACUAUCAAUCUAUCAAUGGUAUUUAUUGAGCACUUAAAGUGUGCAGAGCACUAUACUAGGCUCUUGGGAGAGUACAAUAUAAUGGAGUUGGUAGACAUAUCCCCUGACCACAAGGAGCUUCAGGGCAACAUUAUAGAAAUAAUAUGACUAGAAUUAAAAUGUUCCUGAUCAUUUUCUCCAUUGUGUGUGGGUCCUAUCCAUUCAGUAAUAGUGUAUAUUAUUUUCUCCCUAUAAUUUUAUUGCACAAACAUUGACAGCCUUUUGUAGGAGAAACUCAGCCACCACCUGUGUUUCCUUCUAGGUUCCCAUGAGGGUCUUAGAGCUUGUCAUUCCUCUUUCCUAUCAGUUUCUUCUCUCUGUGCUCCACCCCCUUUGGCUCUUACUCCUUCUCUCCCUCCCUCCCCCUCAAUCCUCAUUUAAGACAGCUAGAGCUGGUUUUGUUUUAGAAACUUCCGCACCCAUAAUUCUAUGUUGGAGAUUUUAAAAUCACUUUCAUCUGUCUCGUAAUUGGCCAGCCACGUGAUCAUACUUAACCAGAUCGGCCAGUAAACACAAACCAGUUGAGGAUGCAAUUAGCAACAACAUUAUGUCUUCAAGAAUGAGCUCAAAUAGUGGAAAUUUAAUUUCCCAUGGUUCUAAACUCGGCCUUUUUCUGUUGGACACUAAGACUGUGUCUCUAUUGGCCAGAAAGGAACUAAGAUUAUCAAGUCUUGCACUGCAAUGAGAGGUCUUCCACAAAACACUUAACUAAAGCUUUGACUAUUGCACUAUUUUGGCAACUUUCACCUAUGCCACAGUUACAAUAAAUUGAUAAAUGGGAGUGAGCUUUAAUCAAACCUUGUACUUUUUAUAAGGAGAACCUUGCUUCAAAGAUGGAAAAUAUAAGAUAGUGCAUGUUAAAUUUGUCAAAACUACAAUUUUUACACUGCUUAUUCCCACCUCCACAUAACUUAAAAAAAUGGUUUAUGCACUGAAAUCUUGAUGCUUAUUUAUUUCUAUUGGUAAAACUUCAGUGAUUUUACACUGUUACACAGGAGUCAUGGCUUAAAUGGUGAUAUUCCUACACUUCCACUUUAUACCAAAAGACAAGGCUCUUAAAAUUUCCAUAAUUGCAAGCAAAGAGGGAUGUGCCCAAGACGGUCUGUAGAAGCAAAAUAUUUAAAAAAAAGCACAAUAAAAUCAUACUAAUAUUCACACUAAUUAGUCUCUUUCUCAAAAUUCCGCAUCUGGACAACAAUUAAAAGUGAGAUCAACAAAGAUUAAUAUACUCUUUCAUUCUGCUUGCCAAGUUGAAGUCAAGAUUUGUCCAGUUGGGUUUUGAAUACAUAUCUAAAUGUAAAUUCUGUACCAGGGUAGUUAGAAAUAUUAUCAGUUUUUUCCCUCAUGGCCCCCAUUCCUUUCUGACUUCAAAUACAAGUAAAACACCACGUUGGCAAAUGCCUCUUGCAUUUUGAAUACAUAGGAUAUUGUGCCUUAUUGUUCAAGAUUGAAUAAUGCUCUAAAACAAAAGUGGAUUUUUUGCUAUUGUACAAAUAGGAGAUGUGGGUAGUGUUAUAGUCACCAUUCUUAGUGUUGCACUUGCAAAAUACAAAUCCAGUAUAAUUUGUUUCAAAAUAAAACAGGCAACUAAUUUUACUUCAAUACUAUAGGAUAUGGAGGUAAGUUUACAUAGUAUAACAACACCAGUAAAAGUCCAUAUAGGAAGUCCAAAAACAAAGAUUUCUUUUAGAAACACAUGCAGGUUGUGAACAAAAAAUAGGGGUGACAGCUGCUCUCAGAAUAUGAUUUUUUUCCAGUGAGAUCAUGUGUAUCCAAAAUAGUGUCAACAGCAUGUUCCAAUAUGACGUUUGCUUCAGUCUAACUAAGCACACUUGCUAACUUACAUGCUUACAUUCUCAAUGAAUGUGGAAUUUAGUGUCUCUAAAGAAGAACAUAAGCACUGCGAGCCAAAGUUGCAUUUUGACUCCCAGCAAUAGUUGCAUUUUGGAAAUCUAACUAAUCAAAGCCGAGGGUCUCUGUCGUGUAUUAGUGAGGUAUAGUUUGUUGGGGCCUACGUAAUUUAAAGAAAAUGUAAAUUAAUAUUAAAAGCUUGUAAAAAUAUGUACAUCUUUACUAUUUCUCAAUAAAUGCAUUUGGAAAU